UCUUCCGUGUAGCAGCUAACGGCCAUCUAACUGCCUGUGGUUCGGUGUGAAAGCAGAACAUGAAAGGCUGGCUGGUUUAAUUUCUCACUAAUAUUAAGGGGAAAAAACACCAAUCAUGAAUGAAGCUGUAUCUGGGAUUGUAGAGGGCAUGGAUCGACAAAUCGAGCAGGCUAUAUGUGACAAGGACACCUUGUCAUCUGCCUCAGUUGGGAUGUCGGAUUUGUCUGACGAAAUCCUGCUCUGUAUCCUCCGUAAUGUUCCAGUGUGCGACCUACUGACCAACGUGGCAAAUGUCUGCCAGAAGUUACACAUGCUUUGCUACGACAAAACCCUGCUUACAAACGUCAGAUUGUCGGAAGAAUAUCUGGCUGAUGAUCAGUUGGUCCGUCACACACUAAAGCUGCUGGCCAAUCAUGUGCAGUCCCUCAACCUCAACAGCUGCUACUGGCUGUCGGGCUCCACGCUGGAACAACUCGCACGCUGCAGAGGAGUAACACAUCUGGAUGUCACCGGCUGCCGCCUCACUUCCCUUUGCCUGUCGCGUCUCUUAUCCUCUCUGUCUUCGCUCAGAUCACUGGCUUUUGAUGUUAGGCCCUGUUUCAACUCUGCUUUGCUCAGCUCAGAAGCCGUGGAUUCUCUGAGCCGCCUCAAGGAGCUGAGACAGACACUGUUUACGCCAAGCUACGGCGUGGUGCCUUGCUGUGCCCAACUCCGCAAGCUGAUGCUGCAGUUUGACAUCUCCGACGUGACCAGAGAAGGCGUCGGUGUUUGCUGUCAGCUGAUGGUCGGCCAGAGCAGCGUGCCACAUUACGAACAGCUGGAGGAGUUCACAGCCAGGCUGGCCCCAGGAGAGGUUAACCAGACGUUGCUACUUCUCUACCUGGCCGUGUUUAGCGUUCACAUUCCAAAGCAUCUCAGAGUUUUCCUUGUUUCAAUUCCUGGUCCGAAUCCGGCUCACUGGCCCGCUGCUCCCUCGCUGGCUCAGAGCCUGGGUCGGCGUGGAGACCUGAUGGCGCUGCAACUCCCGCGCACCUGGCUCGAUCCGAUGUCCCUGAAACGAGCCCUGGAGGGAAACAGCCCCAAGCACCUGAGCUUCAGCCGCUGUCCUGCGUUGUGGCCACAGGUCUUUCAGUCGCUGCUGAACGGAGGAGUCAGAGAUGCCUCACAGCUCAUCAGCCUCAACCUCAGCGGGAUCAACCAUGUUCCGUACUCGGAGUGCAGGAGUGUGGAGGAUCAGCUGGUUGCAGAGACAAUGUGCCAGGUGGCUGAAGCCUGCUCCAACGUUAAACACCUGAACCUGAUGCACACACAUUAUCAUCAUGAAUGCUCACCUGGGCUGGAUGGAGAAACACACCUUUGUGCCAGCUUGGGGAGAUUCAAACACCUACGUUCUCUGACCCUGCCUGCAUGCGCUUUGUCCGAUGGUGUAAAUAUGAUUCACAUCUCUGCGCGUAACUUAGCUCCCUCCCUGUUGUUCCAGGGACUAAAGAAGGCUCCACGUGUGGGUCUCCAGAAUUAUAAACCUGAUUCAGAGCCUUCUCUGGCAGGGGACAGCACUUCUGGACUGUCUUCGCUCAUAGAUGGGUGCCAGACUUUAGAAACAUUUGAGCUUAUUGGUCCAGGUUUUGCUUCAGCGCUGCCGCGGCUUGAGCCAUGCACCCGUGCCAGCGUGGAGCCUCGUGGAAUGUGCGCUUGGGCACAAGGAGUUGGAGAUGCACACCUAGCAGCACUUGAGGCUUUACCUCGGUUGCGUCGUUUGACACUGGCUGGACUCCCUGGAGUUCUCAGAGGAACAGGACUGGUACAGUUGUCUAGACAGUGCAGAGACCUACGUGUGUUAUCCUUAGCCAACCUGGGAUCGCUGAAAACCAUGAACUACACAGCUGCCUUGUUGGAGACACUUACACAGUGCACACAGCUGCAGGAACUCAGGUUAGAGCAGCCGUACCUGAACGCCAACGCGUCUUUCUUUGAGGCCCUGUCCAGCUGCUCUUGCCUGCAGCGACUCUGCCUCAUCUCACGUAGCGGCACCUUCGACCCUUCCGCCACAGAGACCUUCAUGGAGCGAUGCUGCCAAGUCGUAAUGUGCCACAUGUUUAUGGGCGGCACCCUCGUGGCCUGUCGGACACUGCAGAAGUCCCUGCUGGACAGGUGCUUACAGCUAUGGAGUCAAAGGUCCCCGAGGUUAUUCGUUUCGCCCUUUCAUUUCUUCAUCUCCAGCCACUUCCUCUGUGUAUCCAGGUCCAGCACAUCUGAGUCUGAUUGUGGCUCUGCCCAUUAAAGACACAGAUACUCCACCCUCAAAAUUAAGACUAGAAGAUCUGGACCAUCUACCAGUGGUUAGACUCCUUCAAGCGUGGCCAACAGUAACACUUUAGGUAAAACGUCUAUUGAAGUACACAGAAUUUACACCGGCGAGACACCGGUACGCUGCAAAGCAUACAGAGUAUCACCCUUAUAGUGACAAAUAAUAAAAGAUGGCAUCAUGGAUCCCUCUCAAUCUUUUUGGGCUUUUCCUGUGGUUCUUGUCCCAAAACCAGAUAACAUUUUAGGUUCUGUGUGAACUAUAGGGCCUUCAAUGCCAAAACCCAUUAGGACACCAAGCCCAUGCCUCUUAUUCAUGAGUUUCUGAAAUCCAUGAACAGAGCAUCUAUUUUCAGCACUUACAAUUUGAAAUCUUACUGGCAAAUGGCGUUGGCUGAAGAAAGUAAAGCCAAGACAACACUAAAAACACCUUUUGGUAUUAGUUUAAGUGCAUGCCAUUUGAACUGAAAAACGCUGGGACCUGUUUUCAGCAAACUCGUGCAGGAGGUGCUUGGAGAACUAAGAGUAAAGAAUUGUUUUGUCGACAUUGACGAUGUGAUCAUUUUCUCACCUACACCAGAACAACGUAUAAAAGACCUGAAAGCUGUUUUUGCCAAAUUGACUCUCCAUCUGAAAAAAAAAACUUAUUUUUACCAUAACUUGAAUUCUUGGGCCAUAUAGUGCCAAGGAGGGCGUUUAGGUGGAUCCAAGUAAUGUUCCUUUUUUCAGUAGUCCCUACUCAGCAUGGUUAGGCAUGGCUCUACUUGCUUUUUAGGCUUUUCCAUUAGUAACGGUUCCAUGGAACCAUUACUGAUUUUUGGUGCCAGCCCAAUAUCGUAGUGGUAUUAGAGCAAAGGGUAAUAGAGUGAUUCGAGCACUGGCAUUCUCAAAACAACAAACUCUUCGCACAUUUGGAAUAAAUUCACAACAACUUAUGAGAAUUAUAUGAGAAUUUAUUUACAAAAACUGUUCAACUCCAAGUUAAAAUACUUAAAUUAAUAAACUUGUUAAUUAGACUAGAAACAAUGCAACUAAAAAAAACCAAGCAAACCUUAAAGAACAAAGAAAACUAAUGAACUCCGUACAAAUAAAGGAAACAGGGGAACCAAUAAGAAUGAUGCAAUGGUAUGACAGUUCAAUGUGGAUAUUUAUGUUAAGGAACCAAGGUUUAUUUGGAGAAUAUUUGGAAAUGAGGUCAAAUUAGUUUUUAAAACGUAUUAAGGACAACCAUUGCUAUAUCUUCAAACAACCUAUAACAAUGGAAGGAAAGUAAAACACUGUUUUAAUAAAAUAAUAUUUUAAAGACUGAUUUGCCAAAUUAGAAGUCAAUAAUCUUUUGGAUAUUUGAUUUUUAACGUUGUUUUAAUCUGUCACCAUUAUUUUAGUAAAAAUAAUAAUUAAGGAAAUAAUAUUUGCAGAAUUAUAAGUCAAAAACUUUUUAGGACAAUUGAUCUUAAUGUUAUAUUACCUAGCCAUCACAUGGAGUAAUGGACUACUAAAAUGACAGAGAGGAACUUCUAUGGACUCUCACAAGAUGCCAACAAAUCAUAUGUAAGUAUUUGACCUUCCUGGCACUAACAUUACAGUUAGCAAUUUUAGUGAAGACCGCGUGUUUAACAACCCUUUGGUUUCACGUGUGCACGAAAUACCAUUAUUACAAAUAUUAAAUCGGACAUAUACUUCUAAAUCCUUCCUUUUCACCCUUAAAUCAUUCAGUUGUGGUCUAUAUAAAGUGGAACUGCAACGCUUUGGUCUGAAUUCCUUGUUAUUGUAGCUCCACAAGUUCCUCUUUUAUCCCUGUUCUGAGGUGCGUCUGAGAGCAACUCGUUUUGGUGCCAUCUCUUUUAAAUGCUGUUGAGGUACUCCACACCCCGCCCCCCUACAGGUCAAGGAUCGUUCAACUUUAACCCGUUCGGCCAUUUUUGUAGUUUGAUAAAAGAGAUACAAUUAUCUAGCGGUGCAGAAACAUGGCAAAAACAAUGCAAAACUGUUUAUGUAAUAAUAAUAUUCAAAACUUGCAGUACAGUUCUGUUCUCAAGGAGCUAAAAGCAGCACACAGCAUUAACGUCAGCAGAAGGCACGAUGCUACUGGUAUCAAAACAAUGUCCAGGACGCCAUAUCAACACACAAUAAAUUCAUGUCUAAAA